UUCCAUUGUUCCAACAAGCGGUUUCUCUUCAUCUUCGUCUUCGUCUUCGUCUUCAACAAUUAGGGUUUUCUUUUUCUUUUCUUUUCUUUUCUUUUCUUUUUGGAGAUAAUCUGUGAUCCACCAUUAUCCUCCAUUGCUUACUGUAAUAAUCUAUUCUCCCUUGAGUGUGAUCUUGCUUUUCCAUAUAUCUCAUUUUUUUCGUUUCUUCUUCGGGUUUGGAUAUCGACGGUUGUUGUUCUUCCUCGUUGGAUGGAUUUUGAAUCUCUUUCGAUUCUAUAGAGGAGAAAGAGAUGUUGCAAAGAGCUGCUAGUAACGCAUAUUCAUGGUGGUGGGCAAGUCAUAUCCGAACCAAACAAUCGAAAUGGCUCGAACAAAACCUCCACGACAUGGAGGAGAAAGUUGAUAGCAUGAUGAGAAUCAUUGAAGGCGAUGGAGAUUCUUUUGCAAGGAGGGCUGAAAUGUAUUACAGGAAGAGACCUGAACUUGUAGAACACGUAGAAGAGUCUUUCCGAGCAUACCGAGCUUUGGCAGAGAGAUAUGAUCACCUAUCAAAAGAGUUUCAAGGAGCAAAUCGGACAAUAGCUUCGAUUUUUCCUGAACGAGUUCAUUACACAAUUGAUGAUGACGACUGUGAAGUUGAUUUCUUUUCUCGAGAAUCAUCUUCAGCGAAAAGUCCUUCCCAAUCUUCAAAUGAAUUGGAUAGCUCCCCAAACCCAAGAAUUCCUGAAGUUCCAAAGUUUCCUGAGAGGAUUUUUAGAAGUCCUUCCAUGAUAAAAAGAAAGACACAACUAAAGAGAAAUGCAAGCACUCCCAAAGAUAGAGUUGCCUUUACUCCAAAAUCGGGGCUCGAUAAAACCGAAGCCUUAGAAGAGAUUGAUAUGCUCCAGAAAGAAAUUCUGGCCCGACAAACGGAAAUGGAAUUCGUGAAGAGUUUGUACGAACGUGAAUGUGAGAAAUAUUGGGAGAUGGAAAGCAGUAUCACAAAGAUGCAAAAGAGAGUAAGCAACUUGCAAGACGAGUUCGGGAUUGGCACUGUUAUUGAAGAUAAUGAAGCUCGAACAUUAAUGGCAUCAACUGCUCUAAAAUCUUGUAGAGAAACUCUGACCAAGUUGCAAGAGGAACAGGAGAAAACGGUUGAAGAAACAAAACUAGAGAAUAGUAGAAUAAAAGAUGUAGUUGCAAAGUUCGAAAGCCUCAAAUGUAAGUUCCUUCCCAAGCAAAUAGACCAUCACGAGUCCACUGAUUUACAUGAAGAUCAAAGCAAUGAACCAGAAUUGAAUAUCUCAGAUCAAAUAGUCAAUUGCACAGCAGAAGACAAACAUGAUAUAGAACUCCUUGAUCAGAAGAUCAGAGAACAUCUGGAAAUGGAUUCGAACAGCUCGUUCACUAUUUCUGAGUUGGCUGAGAAAAUUGACGAACUUGUAAAUAAAAUUGUGACACUUGAAGCUGCAGUUUCUUCUCAAACGUCUCUUGUAAGACGACUAAAAUCAGAAACAGAGGUGCUCCAGGCGAACGUCCAACAGUUGGAAGAAGACAAGGAAAUUCUAGUGGAGAGUUCAGAAACCAAGAAGAAGAAGAUAAAGGAAUUGGAAGCCGAACUUGCAAGAGUGAAAAAUCUAAAUCAGAAUGCAGAAAGUCAAAAUAACAACCUUCAAACCCAAUUCACCAAAGCAAGUAGUAAUCUCGACCACUUAUCUGAUAGAUUGCAGACCAUGAAAAUGGAUGAUGUCGAAAUUUGUGACCUCUCACGAGAUGUGAUGAUGGUCGAUCCUGAUGUGAAAACAACAGAACUUUCAACAAAUUCAGGAUUUGAUGGGAGGAAAUUAGGAACUACAAAACUUGGUGAUUUUUUCAUAGAUGAGGAUAAGAGCUUUAAUCUUGCAGAGGAUGACGUAAAAGAAUCGGGGCAUGAGGAAAACGAUGGAAGACCACAACUUCAUACAGAAAAUACUUCUCUUGAUUCGGAGGCAAAUGAAUCUCAUGGGGAAGAAACAAGUCCCACAUUGAGGCAGACGUUCUUGAAAGGAAUAGAAGAUAGAGAAAAGAUUUUACUGGAAGAGUAUACUUCAGUUCUUAGAGACUAUAAAGACGUAAGAAACAAGUUAAAUGAAGUUGAACAAAAGAACCGUGAUAGCAUCUUCGAAUUGGCAAUGCAAGUUAAAGAACUGAAAGAUGCCAUUUCCUCUAAAGAUGAUGUUAUAAAAUCAUUAGUAAAUAAUGGUGAAACAGAUGAAGACACGAAUGCAAGAGAUGCGGACCAAGAACUACCUCAAGAAAGCAUUCAUGAGGAUCCUAGCUAUUUGUACUCUGAAUCCUCAACUCCAUAUAUAGAUCAAGUUUCAACUCCUGAUUCCUACCGCGAACAAAGUAUUGAGCCCACGGAAGGAAGCUACAGAUCAAUGAAAAAUGCAAGAAGCUUGAAGAAGAAAGAGGAUGUAAACAAGAAAUCAAUUGGGGGUGAUAAAUUCAUUACCAUGUCACCUACGGAAGAAAGAUUCCGCUCCCAUAUUGACGGACAACUAGAGAUGAAUCUCGAGUUUUGGUUGCGAUUUAGCACCGCAGUCCACCAGAUUCAAAAAUUCCAGACUUCAAUCCAGGAUCUGCAAUCAGAGCUGCAAAAGUUGAAUGAAAACAAGCAAGAAGGAAGUGUAAAACAAGCAGCAAUUGAAUCCGAUGGUCGGCCGAUAUAUACACAUCUGAGAGAGAUACAAACCGAAUUAUCACUUUGGUUGGAACACAGUGCCGUACUAAAAGAUGAACUAUGCAAUAGAUUCUCAACCUUAUGUGACAUACAAAGCGAUAUAUCAAAAAUCACAGAUGAAGGAACAGCUGAAGAAAAGGCAGAACUGAGUGAUUAUCAAUCUGCAAAGUUUCAAGGUGAAGUCCUCAACAUGAAGCAAGAAAAUAGAAAGAUAGCAGAUGAGUUACAAGCUGGUCAAGAUCGGGUGAGUCUACUACAAGUCCAAGUUGAGAAGGCUUUGGAGAGACUUGAUCAAGAAUUUGGUAUUUCAGCAGGCAAAAGCAUGCAACAAUCAAAAUCCUUAAGCCGAACACGAAUUCCUUUACGAUCUUUCUUGUUUGGGGUGAAGUUAAAGAGGCAAAAGCCAUCACUUUUCUCAUGUGCAAGUCCACAACUACAGAAACAAUAUAGUGAUCUAGCUAAAGGGCCCCUACCUCAGUGAUGAGCUUUUUUUUUUUAGGGUGUAAUUUCUCCAAUGUAAUGUAAGGAAGAAAAUCUAUUAACUUAUAGAAUGAAUUAUACCUUCAAUUACAGAUAAACUGUAGCUAUACAAUUUCCCUUUCUUGUUGAAGAAUAUGAGCUUCCAAAUUCCAGUGGUUGUUGAGCAUUUGCAUUGACCCCACACCCCAAAUAACAACAGAAUUCAUAA